UUUAUGCGGAGUUAGUCAGAUUUAAUAUUUUAUUUCGGGUUUACUUUGUAAUUCUGUGAGGCCAUGUUUGCGGCAAAUGGUUAUGAUUUUCAUAGCGUCUGCUCAGAAGGCCAUUUGAACCGUUUCGUGAAAUUGACUCCUCACCUGGGACCUACAGGGCCCAGGACUCCACCUGCUCGCAGUGGGCACCGUUGUGUGGCUGACAGCUCUAACCUCUAUGUGUUUGGAGGAUAUAACCCUGAUUAUGAUGAAUCUGGGGGACCUGAAAAUGAAAACUAUCCCCUCUUUAGGGAGCUAUGGAGAUACCAUUUUGCAACAGGGAAGUGGUAUCAAAUGGACACUGAGGGUUAUAUGCCUAGAGAGCUAGCUUCUAUGUCAGUUGUACUACAUGGUAACAAUCUCCUUGUAUUUGGGGGGACUGGUAUCCCAUUUGGAGAAAACAAUGGAAAUGAUAUCCAUGUCUGUAAUGUGAACUACAAGCGGUGGUCUAUGCUUAACUGUCGAGGUAAAAAACCGAAUCGAAUUUAUGGACAGGCCAUGGUUAUUAUUAAUGGUUAUCUGUAUAUAUUUGGAGGAACAACGGGCUACAUUUACAGCACGGAUCUGCACAGAUUAGAUCUUAAAACUAGGGAGUGGAUACAGCUGAGGCCAAACAAUCAUCCAAAUGAUCUUCCAGAGGAAAGGUACAGACAUGAAAUUGCACAUGAUAACCAAAGAAUAUAUAUACUCGGUGGUGGAACCUCUUGGACAGUAUAUCCUUUAGAUAAGAUUCAUGCUUACAAUAUUGAAACUAAUACUUGGGAAGAAGUUGUAACAAAACCACAUGGAAAAUUGGGCUACCCAGGUGCAAGACGAUGCCACAGCUGUGUACAGAUAAAAAAUGAUGUGUUCAUUUCUGGUGGCUAUGAUGGCGAGGUUAUACUGGGAGAUCUUUGGAAACUGAACUUGCAAACCUACCAGUGGACCAAGCUUCCUGCGGUCAUGCCUGAGCCAGCUUACUUUCACUGUGCUACAGUCACACCAGCUGGCUGCAUGUAUGUCCAUGGUGGUGUAGUAGACAUUCAUGAAAAUAAACGAACUGGAUCUUUGUUUAAAAUCUGGCUGGUGGUUCCUAGUCUUUUAGAACUCUGCUGGGAAAAAUUACUCAGGUUUUUCCCUCAUUUAUCUCAGCUCAGCAUAGAGAAGCUUUUGCAUCUGGGACUAACACAAGAACUCAUUGAGAGAUUAAAAUGAGUCCUGUACAUUCUGCUUUCACCUGAACUAGAAAGACGACUUGCUCUGUAUUUAUGGCUAGUUUAACAAUGGAUGCUGCUAAUUAUUUUUUUAGUUUAAAGAAAGGCCUUACAGUAAACGCACUGGCUGCCUUUUUACUUUACUUUUUUACAGUGGUUCGGGAAGAAAUACCAUUCAAGUGCAACAAAACUCUAUAUCAUGAGAAAGGUAUUUUCCUAAACAGUUCUGUUCGUCGGUCAAAAUCAAGAUCUCCGUGACCCUUUGAUAUCAGAUGCCUGCCCAGUCAUAAGUUUUAUUUCCUCAUUUUAGGUUUGAAUGUUUUAGUUUUAUUUUAUUUUUUCAAGCAUUUAUCUACAUGUAAUUUAUUCUGCUAAUAAAUUUGUUUAACAGUGUCAAAAGUA